UUGGAGAAGCUUUGAGAAAGUUAACAGAAAGAUAAUGGAGAAAGGGACGGAAGUGAUGGACAGCUUUUGCCGUCUUCCUGCUCAGAACCUCACCCACUUCCGUAUCAAUUACAUCCUUCUCCUUUUCCUAGUCCUCUUCUUCAGCCUAAUCUACCACCCCUCCUCCCUAAUCAUCUUCUUUGUCAUCUUCAUCGCUUGGGUCUUCCUCUACUUGGCUCGCGAGGAGGCACUCCUGCUCUGCAGCUACAUCAUCACUGACCGUGUGGUUGUAGCAGCGCUUUUCGCAGUGACGGUGUUUCGGCUCGUGUUGACCGGCGUGUGGGUCAACGUUUUGGUUGCAUCUGUGAUUAGGGUUGGUUUGGUGGUUUUGCACACGGCGUUGAGGAGCAUCGAUGACCUGGUGAUGGAUGAUUUGGAGUCGCCGUACGAGCACGUCCUCGACGACGACCUUGAUAGUCCCAGAGGGGAUUACAGUGGUAUUUGAUUUUUAAUUUUUCUUAAAUUGAGGUUUAGGUCUAAAAAUAAAAUAUCACAAGCUCC